AUGCAUAGCGCUAUCACUGAAUCGCGCCUUCAGGUCUAUGCACGCAGCCAUAUCAAGCAAUCUUUACUGGAUGUUGAAGCGUUGAAGAAGAUGAUAGGGCGUCUGGAAAACGACAGAGGAUAUAUAUGA